AUGGCUGAUCGCUACUCAUUCUCUCUGACCACCUUCUCCCCCAGUGGGAAGCUGGUGCAAAUUGAAUAUGCCUUGAACGCUGUCAACCAAGGCGUAACUGCCCUCGGAAUCAAAGCAACAAAUGGAAUUGUUCUCGCUACCGAAAAGAAAUCGUCCUCCCCCCUCAUUGACCCUCCCUCCCUCUCCAAGAUCUCCCUCAUCACGCCGGAUAUCGGUAUGGUCUACGCUGGAAUGGGUCCGGACUACCGUGUACUAGUCGACAAGGCUCGCAAGGUUUCUCACACUGGCUACAAGCGCAUCUAUAACGAGUACCCUCCGACUCGGAUACUGGUGCAAGACGUUGCACGUGUCGUGCAGGAAGCAACACAGUCUGGUGGUGUCCGACCAUACGGUGUCAGCUUGCUGAUUGCUGGCUGGGAUGAGGGUAUUGAGCCCGAAACAGGGGAAGCUCAACGCGGUGAUGAGGAGGGCGAGCUCAAGAAGGCUACUGGUAAAACUGGUGGUAUCCUGAAGGGCGGUCCGAGCUUGUACCAGGUCGACCCCAGCGGCAGUUACUAUCCCUGGAAGGCCACGGCCAUUGGAAAGCAUGCAACUAGCGCCAAGACGUUCCUCGAGAAGCGCUACACAGAGGGGCUGGAGCUUGAAGAUGCCAUCCACAUCGCCCUUCUGACUCUGAAAGAGACCAUCGAGGGUGAGAUGAACGGAGACACAAUAGAAAUCGGUAUCGUUGGCCCUCCUGCGGAUCAUCUUUUGGGUUAUGAAGGCGUUGAAGGAGCCAAAGGCCCCCGGUUCAGGAAGUUGACCAAAGAGGAGAUUGAGGAUUAUCUCACCAAUCUAUGA